AUGAGGGAUGUGAUGUUGAAAUCAGGCUAUUCGACUCGUAAUCACAAAUACUGGCGCUCACGUGGCGUAAAGGGGCCGAAGCCGUGGCCACUGAUCGGUAAUCUUUAUCAAGUGUUUCUCAAACCCCGAUGCGUUUACGGACUCCACAACUACAAGACUUACGGCAAAAUCUAUGGUUAUUUUGAUGGAAAUAAGCCGGUGCUAAGUGUGGCCGAACCCGAACUCAUUCGAGACAUAUUAGUAAAAGAUUUUCACAAGUUUGUGGACAGAGUGGGCAUAUCGUUGGGUCACCCGAUCUUUGAGCGAUCGCUGCUC